AUGAUUUAGCAGCUGUCUUUUGGUUUUCUAUGGAGCGUAGGCCGUGGGCGAGCGCGCCUAUCAUCCUUGUUAAACAAAUCCAAAUCCACAUGAUCCAAAUCCAAAUCCAAAUCCACAUCCACGUUUACUCCUACUGAUAGAUUACUCCUUUUUUAUUUUCUCCUGAUUUUUUCUUCAGGGUUCUUCAGAACCACCUCAAACUCUUUCGUCGGCGAUAUCUGCUGCGAAUUAGGAACAGCUGAUCCUUUCAGAACCGACUGUUGCUCCGGUGCCCGCCUCUCAUCGCCGCCGAAAGAAACCUCGACGCCGUUGCGGGCAGAGGAACGCUGUCAUACGAGCCACGUAGCACGCUGCUGCUGGAUGCUGAUUGUUUGAUUGUACAUACCUUGACCAUAUUGGUGGCAGUUAGUUAAAAAAAUGCUUGCUGGAGUAAAGAUCAUACCCCGAGAUCAGAUUGAUAAGGAUGAGAAUCUGAGCGCUCCUGGGAAAGAAAAACAAAAACAGAAGAAGAGGUCGAGUAGUAAGGUGAAUAAGCGUAGGAAGGAAAAGAAGAGUUCUCGAUAUAGUAGUUCAGACGGUGAAGAGCUUGAUAAAAUAAAGAAGGGAUCCAAAAACAAGUGGUAUUCGUCGGACGAGUAUUCAUCAUCAUCAUAUUCUUCGGACGUUGAAAGUGAGGGAAGUUCCGAUCGAGGUAGAAGGAAGAGUCAGAGUAGGAAAAAAGGUAAGAGAAUUAAUGAGGGUAUUUCAGAGGAUGAAGUCAGUUAUAGCUCAAAGAAGAGAUUGAAGAGUGGCAGGAAAGAAUAUGCAUCAGAGGAUCACUCUUCCUCUGCAUCUGAUGGUAAAGACAGUGGCAGUUGUUCUGAUAGGAAAGAAAGGCGCAAAAAAGGAAGUAAAAAAGAUAGAAAGAAAAAGAGUAAGCGUAAGAUUCGAGGAGGCAUGGAGGAUGAAGAAAUUUCUGAUGGAGGUAGAGGACCUGGGUGUUUGAAAGAUGGGGAAAUUGCAAGGAAGGAAUUUGGCUUAGAGUGGAUGCUUAGACCUGAAGGAAAAACAGAUAGAACCCCUACAGUGACUGGCAAGGAGCAGCCAAAGGAAACUCUUACUGAUGAGAUAAAGUUCAAUCCGAGGGAGUUAAAUCCAUAUUUAAAGGAUGAUGGAUCUGGUUAUCCGGAAGAUACAGAUGAACCUAAAGCUACUGGAAACAAACUUUUGUCUUCCUCAGUUGUUGGGGAUGGGGGUGCAAGUUGGAAACUAAAAGCUCUGAAGCGUGCAAAAGAGCAGGCGACUCGAGAAGGGCGAAGGCUCCAGGAGGUUGUCGGAGAGCGUUGGGGUUCUCUUGGUGAACUGACCGUCUCCGUGGCAUCUAAUAAAGCUGCCCAAUCGCGUGCUCAUCUACAUGCCAUAAAAAGUAGACAGAAAGGGCUGAGUGAGGAACGCCAACCAGAUUCCAGCAAUCAAAGUGACAUGGAUAAUAAAAAGGACGCUAGUCGGCACUACCUGAAGGAUGUAUCUUGUGGACUUCCUAAAUGGAGGGAGCCUAAAAUGCAAGAUUCUUUAUCUUGGAAAAAGCGAGAUGUUUCUACUCAGGAUUCUAGUAUUUUGGCGGAUGCAGUCGCUAACUUAAAUCAGUUUUCAAAUGAUGGAAGCUUCAUGUCUGAUGUUCUUCGUAAGCAAACUGAUGAUUUGAGUAAUCCCACUCACGAAAAUAUAGCAGACACUAGCAAAGCAAGUGCUGCAUUUCAUGAAUUGAAUGUGAACCAGUUGGCAGCUAAGGCCUUUCAACUUCGUAUGAAAGGAAAGCUGGAAGAAGCUGAGGAACUUCUGCAAGAAGUAGAAAACAGAAAGGUAAAGCAGGCUAGUGGAGAUAAUUUUAUGAGACCAAGAAAUGAACAGGGCACAAGCAGACAUGUUAUGCAGGAAAUGGCUCUUCGCCAGAAGAAAAAGGAGGAGGAUGCUGAUAUGCAUCUAGCUCGAAGGAUAACCCAGAACAAAAAGUACAGUAUAUCUGGUCAGGCGGAUGAUGAAUAUGACCACGAUGACACUCCAAGAAAAAAGUCCAAGAAGAAGCAGGGUAGUGAUCAGAAAGUCACCCAGAACAACAGUUUUGCAACUCGAUUCGCAACGCAGCAGGAGAGAUGUGUCUUUUGCUUCGAAAAUCAGAGGAGGCCGGCGCAUCUUGUUGUGGCCAUUGCAAAUUUCACGUAUUUGAUGUUGCCGCAUCAGCAGCCUGUUGUGCCUGGUCAUUGUUGUAUUAUACCAAUGCAGCAUGUGCCAUCCACAAGAACUGUUGACGACGAUGUGUGGCAAGAAAUUAGAAAUUUCAAGAAAUGCCUUAUUAUGAUGUUUGCAAAGCAAGAGAAGGAAGUAGUUUUUCUGGAAACUGUGAUGGGGUUGGCUCAACAACGCCGCCAUUGCAUAGUCGAGUGUAUCCCUAUACCCGAUGAAAUUGCCAAAGAGGCUCCUCUAUAUUUUAAAAAGGCAAUUGAUGAAGCGGAAGAUGAGUGGAGCCAACACAAUGCGAAAAGACUAAUUGAUACAAGCGUGAAGGGCUUGCGUGGGUCAAUUCCAAAGGACUUUCCGUACUUUCAUGUGGAGUUUGGUCUGAAUAAAGGGUUUGUGCACGUUAUUGAUGACGAGCAGCAGUUCAACAGCAGUCUUGGGCUGAAUGUCAUAAGAGGCAUGCUACAAUUGCCUGAGGAAGACAUGUAUCGCCGACGAAGACAUGAGACAGUGGAGGCACAGAAGCAAGCGGUUAAGAGCUUCGAUCAAGAUUGGUCACCUUUUGACUGGACAAAACAACUUCAUCAAUCGUAAAGCCAUAUUGUAUUUUGUAUCCGGGUUGUUUCAGCGGGGUUUAUCUUGCACCUCACCGUAUUUGGUUGCCGGUGGUUUAGAAUCCUCACUGGGAAGUUGCCCUUGCACUUUUUGAGUAUAGUUAGUCUCACUCUAGCAUUAAGCAGAUUUUCUGCACCUUAAAUCGUAUUAUACAUGUUGAUCUUGACAUUUGAAGUAAUUUUAUUGGAACCACAUUUUAUCCUU